AUGACCAACUUUACAAUGUCAUAUAACAUAUCUGCUGCAGACAUUGCAUACUUUGAAUUUGAAAGCAUUAUUGGUUUUGUCCUACCUAUACUUUACGGACUGACCAUUCCAAUUGGCGUUUUAGGAAAUCUGUUCGUGAUCAUUGUUGUGUGUUCACAAAGACAGAAGCGGAAUACAACAGACAUAUUAAUUGUUAACCUUGCCGUUGUAGAUUUUUUAUUUAUUAUGAUGUAUGUUCCGUACAUAGUUACAACAUACUUCAAAGGCAGCUGGGUAUUUGGUGACAUUGUAUGCAAACUAUCUAACUAUAUUUUUUGUGUUUCCGCAACGAUUAGCGUGUAUACCUUAGUUCUGAUGUCUCUAGACCGCUAUCUAGCAAUAGUUCACCCAAUCACAUCAACGCAAUUCAGAACCAAAAAGAAUUUUAACCUGGUCGUUUUUAUCACUUGGCUUAUUGUAUAUGGUUCUUAUCUUCCGGUAAUUUUUGAAACACAUAAGUUUGGUGAAUCAGUAUGCAGUAUGUCUUUGACCUCUACCACACGAUUGAUGGCUUGUUUUCUGUUUUUUGCAUACGUGCUUCCAUUAUUACCAAUAUGUUUUUUCUAUGGUGUGAUACUCAAACAACUUUUGUACGGAGUUGUUCCGGGCCAUAGUCGAAGUGCAAUAAGUAUGAAGCCAAUGAAGAGAGUAGCAAAGAGGAUACUCGUCGUAGUGAUUGUAUUUGUUUUGUGUUGGUUACCAUAUCACCUCAUGAAUAUGUUUAUCUUAUUUGGAGAUUUUGAUAACUACAUUUUAAUAUCUAUUAUUUUAUCAACUUCGAGGUUCUUAUCGUUUGCUAACAGUUGCAUAAAUCCUAUUUUGUAUACCUUUCUCUCAACAAAAUACAGACAAAGUCUUCGGAACCUUUUGUGUUGUAAACGUCCACGACCAAAUAAUUUAAACAGAUAG